UUCCACGCUUCCGUUGAGUAGAAGAUAAGAAUGGGAAAGAGGGCGGGUGUGUCCUCAUUUUUGUACUGUAAAGCUCCCAUUACUCUUGAAUCGCUGAAGGCAACCACAAACAUGGCUUUCUGCCUCCUAUCCUUCCUGUUCUUCAAUCUGCUCCUUACUUCUUCCAACUCCUAUGCCUUCAAUUUCAUCAGCACUGGCACCGUAGACCAAGCUGAUGCUCUCCUCAAAUGGAAAGAUACUCUCAACAACCAAAGCCAAUCUGUUCUCCAUUCAUGGACACUACCUCAUCCUAAUGCAACUAAUUCCUCUCUGCGAUCUGACCCAUGGUGCGGUUGGAUUGGAAUUGCUUGCAAUCAAAGGGGAAUCAUCACUGAAAUUAUCUUACCAAGUAUGGGCUUACAAGGUAUGGUUGAGAACUUCCCCUUUCCUUCAUUUUCUGCUCUUACAAGUCUCAAUCUCACUAAUAAUUCAUUCCUUGGCACUGUUCCAUCCAACGUUGCUAACCUUUCGGUUAUCAACUACCUUGAUCUGUCCAUGAAUCAGCUCUCUGGAUUAGUUCCAACUGAAAUCUUCUUACUUACCACUCUUAAAAUCUUGUUUCUUGAUCAGAAUCAUUUCAGUGGAUCAAUACCUUACGGUAUGGGAAGAUUGAAAGACCUUACUAUUCUGACCAUGUACUCCAACAACGUCUCUGGUUUCAUACCUGAAUCUCUAGGAAAGUUGAGAGAUCUGUCCGUUCUAUACCUGUACCAAAAUCAACUUUCAGGUUUCAUUCCCAAGGAAAUUGGAAAUUUAACAAAGCUCAGGUCGCUCAGCCUGGAAAAUAAUCAUCUAAUUGGUUCCAUCCCUGAAGAAAUAGGAAAUUUGAAGUCACUUACUGCUCUAUACUUACCUCUGAACAAUCUCAAUGGUUCAAUCCCUUCCUCUUUAGGGAAAUUGAGAAACCUAACCAUUUUAUACCUCCCUCAGAAUCAACUCUCUGGUAUAAUUCCUCUAGAAAUAGGAAAUUUGACAAGUCUGGUUGACCUACAAAUUCCCUUCAAUAAUCUAACUGGACGCAUCCCUUCCAAUUUUGGAAACCUACAGAAGCUCACCAGUUUGAACCUGCUGGAAAAUCAACUUUCUGGAUCACUCCCUCGAGAAAUAGGAAAUCUCACGGAAUUGGUUAGCUUACAAUCGUCAAAUAACCAAUUCUCAGGUAGUCUGCCACAAGGGUUAUGCAUGAGUGGAUCACUAGAAAAAAUCACUGCUCAUAACAACCAUUUCACAGGUCUUAUUCCGAAAGGCUUCAAAAACUGCACAAGCUUAGUUAGAGUUCGACUUGAAAAUAACCAACUUGUAGCAAACUUAUCAGAAGACUUCGGGUUUUAUGAGAAUCUGAUUUACAUUGAUUUGAGCAAUAAUCAAUUGCAUGGUGAACUUUCAUCGAGCCAAAACUUGCAAGCUCUAUAG